AGGAGGCCGCAGCCGCUUCCCACUGUCUGCCCGAGAGGAGCUCCGGACCCCGCGCCAGCCAUGUCCCAGCUGGUGGAGUGUGUCCCCAACUUCUCGGAGGGGAACAGCCAGGAGGUCAUCGAGGCCAUCUCCCAGGCCAUCUCGCAGACCCCGGGCUGCACGCUGCUGGACGUGGACGCCGGCCCCUCCACCAACCGCACCGUCUACACCUUCGUGGGGCCGCCGGACCGCGUGGUGGAGGGGGCCCUCAGCGCCGCCCGGGUGGCCUGGCGGCUCAUCGACAUGAGCCGGCACCGAGGGGAGCACCCGCGCAUGGGGGCCCUGGACGUCUGCCCCUUCGUCCCCGUGCGGGGCGUCGGCAUGGACGAGUGUGUGCUCUGCGCGGAGGCCUUUGGCCAGCGGCUGGCGGAGGAGCUGCACGUGCCAGUGUUCCUGUACGGGGAGGCGGCACGGACGGCCAGCCGCAGGAGCCUGCCCGCCAUCCGGGCAGGGGAGUACGAGGCCCUCCCCGAGAAGCUCAAGCAGGCCGAGUGGGCGCCUGACUUUGGCCCCAGCUCCUUCAUCCCCAGCUGGGGGGCAACCGCCACGGGGGCACGGAAGUUCCUCAUCGCAUUCAACGUCAACUUGCUGAGCACCAAGGAGCAGGCCCACCGCAUCGCCCUCAACCUGCGGGAGCAGGGCCGUGGGCAGGGCCAGCCGGGACGUCUGAAGAAGGUUCAGGCCAUCGGCUGGUACCUGGAUGAGAAGAACCUGGCUCAGGUGUCCACGAACCUUCUGGACUUGGAGGUCACGGCGCUGCACACGGUCUACGAGGAGACCUGCAGAGAAGCACAGGCCCUGAGCCUCCCCGUGGUGGGCUCGCAGCUGGUGGGCCUGGUGCCCCUGAAGGCCUUGCUGGACGCGGCCGCCUUCUACUGCGACAGGGAGAACCUCUUUGUGCUGGAGGAGGAGCACCGCGUCAGGCUGGUGGUGAACCGGCUGGGCCUGGACUCCCUGUCCCCCUUCCACCCUGAGGAGCGGGUCAUCGAGUACCUGGUCCCCGACCGGAAGCCCGAGCGGAGCCUGGUGGACAAGUCCCUGUGCGCCUUCGUCCGCGAGGUGGGCGCGCGCUCCGCGGUCCCCGGGGGCGGCUCCGUGGCGGCGGCGGCUGCGGCCCUGGGCGCGGCGCUGGCCUCCAUGGUCGGCCUGAUGACCUACGGGCGCCGCCAGUUCGAGCACCUGGACGCGGCCAUGCGGCGCUUGAUCCCGCCCUUCCACGCCGCGGCGGCCGAGCUGACCGCGCUGGUGGACGCCGACGCCCAGGCCUUCGCCUCCUACCUGGAGGCGAUGAAGCUGCCCAAGGACACACCUGAGGACAGGGACAGGCGCGCGGCCGCCCUGCAGGAGGGGCUGAGGCAGGCGGUCUCUGUGCCCCUGGCGCUGGCGGAGACGGUGGCCUCGCUGUGGCCGGCGCUGCGGGAGCUGGCCUUGUGCGGGAACCUGGCCUGCCGGUCGGACCUGCAGGUGGCGGCCAAAGCCCUGGAGACGGGCGUGUUCGGGGCGUACUUCAACGUGCUCGUCAACCUCAAGGACGUCACCGACGAGGCGUUUAAGGACCAGGUCCACCGGCGCAUUUCCAGCCUCCUGCAGGAAGCCAAGACCCAGGCUGCGCUGGUGCUGGACCGCCUGGAGGCCCGGCGGGAGUGACGCCACGAGGCCAUGCUGGGCUCUGCAGCCCCGUGCGGUGGGGUGAGGGCCGGCUGUCCUCGCGUGUCAGGACACAGCUUGUCCCUGUGGGGCCCA